CCCUGCUCCACCCCUCCUCUGUCUGGCUUUCUCACUCUCCUUUGCGACAAUAAAAGAAUCCUUCCUUAAAUCUACAAAUUCCCAGCACUCGCAGCUUCAAAGUGCCUGAUCUUUUAUUCAACAGUGUUGAAAACUCAGCUCUGCUGGGGAAAUUAGAAAAUGUCGGAGGGCGAUAUCACAACCUUUGCUGCCUUGACUGAGAAGUUUGACAUUCCCAUUGGCAAUUACAAGAAACCUAAGUUAUUGUACUGCAGUAAUGGAGGAUACUUCUUGCGCAUCCUUCCAGAUGGUGUGGUGGAUGGAACAAGAGACAGAGAAGACCUGCACAUUAGGUUAAAGUUACAUGCAGAAAACCCCGGUGAGGUAUGCAUUAAGAGCACUGAAACUGAGAUUUAUUUGGCCAUGGACUCCAGUGGACUUCUGUAUGGAUCUCUGUCUCUGAAUGAGGAAUGCCUGUUCUUGGAGACUUUAGAGGAGAAUCAUUAUAACACGUAUAAGUCAAAGAAGUAUGCAGAGCUUAACUGGUUUGUUGGCAUUAAGAAGAACGGGACAAGCAAACGUGGCUCACGGACUCACUAUGGCCAAAAAGCCAUACUCUUCCUACCUUUACCAGUGUCAAGCGACUAAAAGAUUUCAACCAAAUGACCACGCAGUUUAUGAUUUUGUGUAAUACUGUUGCAUGUGCCAUUGCUGUAAAUAAUUAUAUUACAUUUAAAGACCAACGCUCUGAUCAGUGAAUGGCAAAAGUUGCAGUCUGGCAGAACGGCAUUUCUGACCACUUGGGAGUAUUCCUAUUCACAAUGAAUAUAAAGC